UAGAAACAGUGAGCUUGAAUGUAUUCGAGACAGACUACAGCGCUUGUUCGCAGUCGAGGAGGGAAUACCGCUUAUCUUCGCGUCCGUGUUAUUGCUCGUUUCGCUUCAUCAGGAUGGGAUAGAUAUGUGUUUGGAAAGCUAAACUGAGUUGGCAUCUGCUGUAAGAUGUAUUUUGUGAGCCCCAUGCAGCAGUCGUGCUCCGGGAGUGAUGUGUUUUCAGUGUACAGUUAUUACAGGAAGACCGGUGUGUAUGUGUGUGUGUGUCACGGGCAUUACGGGUUUGAUUUUUCAUCUCAAAUAAAACAACAUUUGCAUUGCACAUUCCGGUUUCACCUCAGUCGGUGUUUUAAAUCGCUAUCCGUUAAGCAGUAUGGGCUGAUUCGGUUGGUUUGGGGCAUUUAACGUAGAGUGAAAGCUAAUGCACGGGUUAUAGCGUUGUAUGAGGGGGAUAUUUUCAAAUCAAACAUCGAGGAAGUGGGGGAGGAUAAAGCUCAGGUUAUCAUCUUUUAUUUAUGCAUUUCUAUAAAUCAACCGCAGCAAUUUUAGGUAAGCAAUGAGAAUAAAGCCCAAACGAUUUUUGUGUGUGUAUUCGCGUAUCGUUUUUGUCUCGAAAGAUGUUCUUCUUUCCUUUUCGCUGGCCGUGUAGUAAAGCGCGUUCGCGAGGCGCGCGCGGGACCUUCGGGUGAAUGAAUUGCGCGGGCGCGCGUGCGCGUGCUCGCCGCAGCGGUGUCGCGUGGCGGCGCUUUGAACGCGUUCGCGCGUGUCGCUGCGGAACCGGAGGGGAGACACAGCGCGCGUGCAGCUCUGACGUCAGAGCGAGAAUUCCCGAGUACACAGGCCCUGUCCCGGCAGACCGCGAGUCUCCGAUGACGCGGAGCGAGACGUCCCCCAGCCGUGCCCAGCAUCCCUCCCCUACACAGAAACCCAACACCUGCUGCUUCUGCUGGUGCUGCUGCUGUAGCUGCUCAUGUCUCACUGUUAGGAGUGAAGAUGACAAGCGUGGGCGGAGGAAAGCCCAGGACACAAAGCUGGAGCCCUUUCCAUGUGAACCUUGCCCCAAACCAACGAUAGAGGAGAUUAAACAGUGGGCUCAGUCUUUUGAUAAGCUGAUGAAGAACCCGGCAGGGCGAAACAAGUUCCGUGAGUUCCUGCGGACGGAGUACAGCGAGGAGAACAUGCUCUUCUGGCUGGCCUGUGAGGACCUGAAGAAGGAGAUCAACAAGAGUGCCAUCGAGGAGAAGACUCGUUUGAUCUACGAAGACUAUAUCUCCAUCCUCUCGCCCAAAGAGGUGAGUCUGGACUCUCGGGUGAGGGAAGUGAUCAACAGGAGGAUGCAGGAUCCCACCCCUCACAUAUUUGAGGAUGCACAGCUGCAGAUCUACACCCUCAUGCACAGAGACUCCUACCCACGAUUCCUCAACUCCUCUGUCUACAGAUCACUGGUGCAGGGGGGGUCACGCUCCUCAUCUGAGUCAUAGACCCCUGACUCCCUCCUCUUUAUUUCUCUCACUCUCGCCACCCAAUUUCUCCCCAUUUCCCUCCAUCUCUCUCCAUUGCACAACCACUCGAGGAGAAAGUACUCCUUUUUUGUGUCGUCACGGUUGGAUUACCUUUUUUUUUUUGCUUACUCCAUUUUCUUCUGUCAUUUUUGAGGGAAUCCCUCAUUUUUUAGUGUUUCUCCUGAACCUGCACAGACUGAAACUGGAAGACACAGGGUUGAAAAUGCAGUUUUCAUUUUUCGAAUCCUAUCCCCCCCCCACCAUCAUUCCAAGCGUAUGUGGCAGCAGCAGUAACAACUACUGAUUUUCACAGCCAUCUUUUUUUUUUUCUUCCCGCGAACAUGCUUUGCUACUUUUAUCUCCUGAUGUCUCUAGUUGAAGAGAGCUGAGAGGGCCUCUGCAAUAACAUACACUGGAGUGGCCUGACCAAUCUGCUCCUCUCUCCUGACCCUUGACCUGUCCACUGUCUCUGUGCUCUGAUUGGCUCUUUGAGGCGAGGGGUCAAGAGCUGAUUGGCUGCAUCGUAAAGAGAGGAAUGGCACUUUUUCAAGGUGCAAAACAAAUAGGUACAAAAAAUAUUUACACACUAUUUCGAAUAUAAAUCAAUUUCCAGGCCUAGACAGAAUUUUCCCGAUUUUCUACACUGAUUUUGAGGGAAAAUCUCCGGAAUGGAUUUAAAUAUGGUCAAAUGAGAGUACUACACUCAUACUGGUAGCUGAAAGCAUUAUCAGAUUAACCAAAAUAUUUACUAAACAUAAAGGCAGGGGGAUGUAGAAUUUUGUAAAAGAGGGCAUAACUGUUUUGUUUAAGAUUUCUGUGUGUACAGAUUUCGUGUGGGCUUGUUGAUUUCAAGCAACGGUUAUCAUUAAAAAAUAAAAUUAAAAAAAUUAAAAAAAGAGGAAGACCGCCAAUUUUAGAGAUAUUAAAUGAGUCAAACAUACAUGAGAUGAGAGAAUGCCAUGGUCUUAAUUAGACUGGUCACUCACAUUUUAAAAUGAGUAUUUUUAAUGUUAUUUAUUUUUUAUUUUGUUAAACUGUGACCUGAUUUGUUUUUCUUGUACAUAUAUUAAAGAAAAUCUGGAACAUAUGCGACAUACCGAGCAAGCUGUUAGUCCUGAGUGCUCAACUGCGCUGUAUCUCUCUCUGGCCUCACUGUCUCUGUGUGUGUGUGUGUGUGUGUGUGUGUGUGUGUGUUUCUCUGAGGUUGUAUGGUGUGAAAAUCACAAUUCUCUCUAGCGCCUCCUGUAGGUAGUUCAGGUACUGCAGUUUUGCAAGCUGUUUCUCAGUUUUCCCGCCUUUUCUUUAGGCAAAAGCAGAUGAUUUUAGUCAUCAUGAAAUCAAAAUUAACUUUAUCGGUCAGUGCAAGUUAUUCCACAGAAAAUAUUUUGUCUUUGUAAAUGUAAAAACUUGCUCUGCCUCUACAAAAAAUCAUGGCAAAAUUCCAGUAAUUUAAUCCCGAUUUAUGUUGUUGUAAUAAAUGUUACAGCAAGCAAUAAUGGCAGAUAACAAUACAUUUGAAUUUAACUCUGUCACGUCAUAACGGUGUUUUUUCUGUCAGUUUUUUCACAAAAUAUACAUGUUUUAAAAAGAAUAUCUCAGCAUUAACAAAUGAGAAAAGCAUUGCACAGGUUUUAUAGUAUUGUACAGGAAACUUAAAAAAAAAAAAUAAGCCAUGAGCUGCUGUAAAAUCCAUUUAAAAGAUUUCACUGGUCCAGUGCACUUCAUUUAUUCAUGUUUAAUGCUCAGUGUUACGCCUGCACUUGUGCUAAAACUCAUUUUCUUUACAGAUGCCUUCAACAGACUCUGAACCCGCUUGAUAUUUAAAACAUAAUAGGAAUAUUGGAGAACCGGUUGGACUGAUGUUAACACUGUGAGCUGCGCUACCGCUCGAAACUUAUGUAUCACAAAAUAUUUCAUAAUGUGAAUCUGAAACCAACCAGUACUGUGAGUGGGUCCCCAAUAAUAGAGAAAUUCUGUUAUGGAGUUAGUCUUUUUAUAUCAGCGCUGAUCUGAAAAUCUGGUGUUCAUACUUUCCCUAAACAUUCUCCUUCAUUAAGCAGUUCAUUUAGUUUGAGCAAAGAAACCUUAAUUUCAGAUCUCUCAUUUCACAUUGAAAUGAGAUUAAUCAUCCACAUCCGCUUGGUACUUCCUGGUACUUUCAGGAUUUGGUUCUUUGUAAAUAUAUAUAUAUAUAUAUAUAUAUAUAUAUAUAUAUAUAUAUAUAUAUAUAUAUAUAUAUAUAUAUAUAUAUAUAGUAUGCGUACAGCAAAUAAAUGUAUAAUGAAUUAAGAACUCUAAAAGUGAGAUUUUGAGAGUCACAUGGCAAUUUAGAGGAACUUCAUGUACUGUAGUACUAAAAAGACAAAACAACAACAACAACAACUGAUGCCUAUAUUUUGCUUUUUUCCAUCAGUUGUGCAUGAUGUACAUUUUGGAAUAUGUGUGUAAAAUAGUUGUGUAUAUGGUUAUAUAUGUACAUGAACAUAUAUUUAGUAUUGCUCUUAUUGUCCGACAUGAUGUGACCAGUCUAACUUAAGCCAGAUGCGUGUGUGUGUGUGUGUGUGUGUGUGUGAUAAAAGUUAAGUGAACUUUCUUAAGACAAUGGGAGAGAGAUGUCAAUGACAGUGAACACACAUUACACACCAUCCCGCUCUUUAAAGACACACUUAAAGAGGGAAGCUUGCUGGUGGACCUCUCACCGUUUCACGUGCACUUUGCGUUCACACUGAAAGCGAAUUAGAGGACACUGUACUGUACUGUAUCAGCUGAUCACAUGAGCUCCGCUGUAUUCACUCCUAAUGCUAGUCGCAGUUCAUUUGUGUAAUGCUGAACUCGACUCAGCUGUCGCUCACGUUGCCUCAAAUUGUCAACUCACAUUGAAAGUAACUUCAGUUUGCUUUGAAAACCGCUGUCAGUGUGAACACUUUGCAAUCAAAGCGAUGUAACCGAUUUAAACGUUCCUAUUAUAAUCAACGUCACUGCUACAAAAUGAAAAUUUGAAUUCAAGAAUGUAACCUGGGUUUGCCAUUUAUUAAAUAUUAACAUUUAAUUACAAUGUUAACUUGUUAUAAUUUUCUAGUUUUAAAAAGGCUUUUAAACAUUUAAAUGUGCAAUUAUUAAAGCUUUUUAAUAUGCUUCCAGUUUGGGAUGCACUGAUAUUAAAAUUCUGGCCCAAAACUAAUAAGCUGAUAAAUAUUAUUUGAACAAUAUUAAAAUUCUACACUAUUUUGUACAAAUAUAUUUAAUUUAAAUUAAAACACUAAAAUAAGUCCUUUUAAAUGCUACAAGUGAAUUUAGGCAUUAUAAUUUACAAUUUCAAAAUGGAUAUUCAUUUUGUGCUAAAGAUUACAUUUUAUUGUUUAUUUACAAAUUAUCAAAUCUACACAAAAAUAUUUAGGCUUAAAUUUAAGAUUUAUUUAUUUGAAUUGCAUAUUCAACAUCCAUAUAUUUGGAUUACACGGUUAAAACAUAAAUGUAACUAUUAAUCUUAAUGUGAAUGAAUUAAUGAAUGAGGCAUUUAUAUAGCGCUUUCAUGUGUAUUGCAAUACACCCAAAGCGCUUUACAUUUAUGUGGGGGGGGGGGGGGUCUCUCCUCAACCACCACCAGUGUGCAGCAUCCACUUGGAUGAUGCGACGGCAGCCACAGGACAACAGCGCCAGUGCGCUCACCACACACCAGCUACAGGUGGAGAGGAGAGAGUGUCGUAGAGCCAAUCAAGUGGAUGGGGAUUAUUGGGAAGCCAUGAUAGACAAGGGCCAGUGGAGGGAAUUUGGCCAGGACACCGGGGUUACACCCCUACUCUUUUACGAUGAGUGUCAUGGGAUUUUUAAUGACCACAGAGAGUCAGGACCUCGGUUUAACGUCUCAUCCGAAAGACUGUGCAUAAUGUGAUGCAUAUAUGUCAGUCAUACAUAAAUAAAACAGGUAAGGUAUUUUUUGCACUCAUAAAUAAAUAAGGUAAAUAAAUACACAUAAAUGAUGCCAUUGUUUACUAUUAACUAUUUGCAUUUAUUUACAAAAUCAUUUAUUAAAACUGCUUAGAAUCAGCAUUAAUCUGUCCAUUGUGAAAAAUUACUUUUUUUCAGUUAAAAAGUAGCAACAAUAUGACUAGUUGUGGAACAAUCAAUAUUCAGUUAGUUAAAAUGUAGAAAUUUAUAUUUUCAUUUAUGUGACUGACAAAUAUGCAUCACAUUAAAUUUGUUAGUUUAGUUUAAAACUGUGUAAUCCAAAUGGAUGAAAACAUAAAUAUUAAAUUAAGGCCUUGUAUUUUUUGAGUGUAUUUGUCAAAAUAAGCAGCACAAUUAAAUAGAAAUUCUCUAAUACUGACUGAUAACCAAUAUGGAACCGAUAUAUCAUGCAUCUCAACACAUGCUUGCAGCUUCGUUAAUAAUAGGAGUGUUUGACUUCUUGUAUCGCUCACCAACAAUUGUCCUCAUCCUCUUUCAACAGCUGCACAGAACAGACAGACUUUCACAAACUUGUGAUUGGAGACGGGGACUGUGACCUAGAGCUGCUUAUGUUUACAUAGAUUUCUUUAAGGUGCCAAAAUGAAUCUAGCCUUCUAACAGUCUCAAACUAAGGAGCUUUGUGAGUCUGUCAAUACCUGAUGUGUUUUCAUCUUCACCAAAUGCUCACUCUGCUCUUUGUUACAAUAUGUUUUGGUUUCAGUGUGUCAAGCGCUCACUUCACAGGCUACAGCCUCAAGGUUUUGCCAUAUCAUCCGCCUUCCCUCACUCUUUCUAGCGUUCUCUCCUGUCGCUCUGUGAGAUUUUCUCUCCUUGUCGUGUAUUCUCACGAGAUUUGCAGUGCCAUGACAUACAGCAGUGAGAUGGGUCCCUGACUCAUGGACUUCUAUGGACACUUAUUUAUUGACAUUAGCAUUAUAUUUUGUAUUAAAAUAAAUCAAGUUAUGUUUUAAAGAGUAUGUUUAUGGAUUUCUGGACCAAUUGUUUUGUUUGUUUCCCGAAGUCUGUGACCAUUACUGUGUAACCUCUCCUCGCCCUUGGGUGCCAUAGCAGGACACCCUCUUCAGGUUGUGGUUGGGACUUGAGGUCCCUUCUAACCCAGGCCAGCUCAUUGCCGGAGAUGAUUUCAUCAAGAACUCGUCUGUAAUAUUCCAUAAACUUUGACUUGGUUGCAUAUUUUUUUGAAUGUUUUUUAAAGAGAAGAUAUGACUAUAAUGAUAAUAAUAAAGAUGUUUGUGUUAUUAUUCA